UGUCUAAGGCAAAGUCUAAAAUGGAAACUACUUUGCAGGAAAAGGAUGAAUUAGUUGCAAAAGCCAAGGGGAAAAUUGGAACACUCAUUGAGAAAACUGAAAAAGAUGGACCAAAACUAAUGAAGCCCCUGGACAAUGACAAUUCACUGCUGCAAAAAGCUAAGGAUAAGAUGCAUUCUUCAUUUAAAACUAUGGAAGAAGAAGGAAGUUCACUUUUGACCAAGGCCAAAGAAAAAGGCAGUGCUUUUCUAGGAAAGGCUAAGGAUACCAUGGCUAAUUCCACUCUUCUAAAAACUAUUGAACAAGAAGGCAGUACUCUCUUAAGUAAAACCAAAGAUUCGAUCAAGAACCUAGGAAAGGCACCAAGUGAUUUACUAGCAAAAGCAAAGGAAGGACAAUUACUAGACAAAUCUCCAGAUAAAGAAGAUUCAUCUCUUCUAGCAAAAGCAAAAGAAACCAUGGAAAAUUCAUUCCUGAUGAGAACACUUGCAAAAAGCGAAGGAUCACUCCUUGACAGAGCCAAGGAAAAAGUUGAGAAAUCUCUCUUGGCAAAGACUCUCAAGGAAGGUGAAAAUUUUAUUCUCGGCAAAGCAAAAGAAACAGCAGAAGGAGCCAAAAAGUUUAGCCUUUUAGGUGCCAAACCAUUCAAUUCACUCUUCUCAGGUUUUGGAUCAGGAACACCUAAGAUUUCCGGACUGAAAUUCCUUUCCAUUAAGGAUACUACUCCUGCUCCCAUUGUGGAAGUUGAUGAUUUCCAGUAUCCUCCUACGUAUGAAGAACCAAAGAAGGUAGCAAGCCCAGAGGUUUGCUAUUCAAGACCACCAGUUCCCAAAGAAGAUGAACCAGUUAUAUCAGUGCUUCCCGAAAAUAAACCUCUGGACUAUGACAAAAUAGAUGAGGGUUACUAUCAAGAUUCCCGCCAAUUUGAAGAGGGUCCUGAUGCCUAUAUCGAAUAUGAGGAAAUUGACACGGAGCUUUUACCAGAAGAACUCAACAGAUACUCAGAUGAGGAAGAUUACUAUCCAGAACAUUAUUCAGAGGGUCUGAAAGGCCAAAAACGGCACGCUUCAUACGAUCGUCUAUUUCGAAGAAGAAAACCCAAACCAACAAAUGAGGAAGUUGUUCGAGAACGAUUCAAUCGUGGUAUUGGACACGUAAAGAAACUAGUACACAUCGCUGGUCAGGUGGAUAGUUUCCUCACCGGGAAAAUUCGCAAUUCCCUGAAAAGUCUGACGCAUUUGGUUGAAAACGAGGACGACUACAAAAAUGGAAACCGAUAGAGACUAUCAGUUUAUUUUUUUUGUACUUUUUUAUAUUUUUUUUUACAAAAUAAAUUAGAAUUCAUUAAAUGGAAUAUUAAAUUUUAAGCUCAAAUGAAGACCUCAUUCAUGUCUGUUAUCUCGUGUCUUUGGAAAACCUA